AUGUGUCAUGUGAUCCUCUCACAAAUGCCUCCACAAGAAGUGCUUUAUUCCCAGAUUCCCAGAACAGUUCAAUCCUUCUUGGGCAAAAUAUUUCAGCUUUGCGGGACCCAACCCGUGACUGCAAAUACCUUGGAGUUAUUUGGGCUCACUAAUGGCCACAAGUUGCAAGAGAUAUUCACCAGCUUCCCCGUUUGGAAAGAGGACGACUCUCUCCAUCUCACUUUUCCAAGAUACGCAGCAUUCGAGUUGGUGUAUUUGAUUGUAUGCACUCAUACCCUCCCUUCAACUCAAGCUGGCACUCCUUCCAUGUGUUGA